GCGAGCGGCAGGCCGCCACCUGGGCUCCAGAGCGACCUGGGGGGCCUGGGGCCUCGCGCGGCGGUCUCACCAGCCUUUCCCGCCGGCCUCCUCCCUCCCACUCAGCUCGCAGAGCCUUAGGUCCCCUGGCAAGGGGUUCCAGGAGCCAGACCUUAAGAGGCUUUUAUUUAGGGGCGGGGCGACCCGAACGCGCCAUGAGGGUUUUUGGACUCGGGAAGCAGAAGUGCUGCUCCUCGGUUUUGCAGGGAGAGCAAAUGCAUGGAUAAUGAGCACAGAUAAUAACCCGUAUUUUUUCUAAGCCCUCGCUGCGUGCCGGGCACUGUGCUGAGCAACUCCUGUGGCUCUCUUGCACUCCCGCGAGGAUCCGAUGAGGUUGAAUUGACCAAAGCAAUGGUUAUGGAGAAGCCUAGUCCCCUGCUGGUCGGGCGGGAAUUUGUGAGGCAGUAUUACACGCUGCUGAACCAGGCUCCAGACAUGCUGCACAGAUUUUAUGGAAAGAACUCUUCUUAUGUCCAUGGGGGAUUGGAUUCAAACGGAAAGCCAGCAGAUGCAGUGUAUGGACAGAAAGAAAUCCAUAGGAAAGUCAUGUCACAAAACUUUACCAAUUGCCACACUAAGAUCCGCCAUGUUGACGCUCAUGCCACUCUGAACGAUGGUGUGGUGGUCCAGGUGAUGGGGUUACUUUCCAAUAACAACCAGGCUUUGAGGAGAUUCAUGCAGACAUUUGUCCUUGCUCCUGAGGGCUCUGUUGCAAAUAAGUUCUACGUUCACAAUGACAUCUUCAGAUACCAAGAUGAGGUCUUUGGUGGCUUUGUCACUGAGCCUCAGGAGGAAUCUGAGGAAGAGGUAGAAGAACCUGAAGAAAGACAGCAGACACCUGAGGUGGUACCUGAUGAUUCUGGAACUUUUUAUGAUCAGACUGUCAGCAAUGAUUUGGAAGAACAUUUAGAGGAACCAGUUGCUGAACCAGAGCCUGAUCCUGAACCAGAACCAGAGCAAGAACCUCCAUCUGAAAUCCAAGAGGAAAAGUCUGAGCCAGUGUUGGAAGAAAGUGCUCCUGAGGAGGCUCAGAAGAGUUCUUCCCCAGCACCUACAGACAUGGCGCAGACGGCCCAGGAGGACCUGAGGACAUUUUCUUGGGCAUCUGUGACCAGUAAAAACCUUCCACCCAGUGGAGCUGUUCCGGUUACUGGGAUUCCACCUCAUGUUGUUAAAGUACCAGCUUCACAGCCUCGUCCGGAGUCUAAGCCUGAGUCUCAGAUUCCACCGCAGAGGCCUCAGAGGGAUCAAAGAGUGCGAGAACAACGAAUAAAUAUUCCUCCCCAGAGGGGACCUAGACCAAUCCGUGAGGCUGGUGAGCAAGGUGACGUGGAACCCCGAAGAAUUGUGAGACACCCUGACAGUCACCAGCUUUUCAUUGGCAAUCUGCCACAUGAGGUGGAUAAAUCGGAACUUAAGGAUUUUUUUCAAAGUUAUGGGAAUGUGGUGGAGCUACGCAUUAACAGUGGUGGGAAAUUACCCAACUUUGGUUUUGUUGUGUUUGAUGAUUCUGAGCCUGUUCAGAAGGUCCUUAGCAACAGGCCCAUCAUGUUCAGAGGUGAGGUGCGUCUGAAUGUGGAAGAGAAGAAGACCCGAGCUGCCCGGGAAGGGGACCGUCGAGAUAACCGCCUGCGGGGACCUGGAGGUCCUCGAGGUGGGCUGGGUGGUGGAAUGAGAGGCCCGCCCCGCGGAGGCAUGGUGCAGAAGCCCGGAUUUGGAGUGGGAAGGGGAAUUGCUCCAAGGCAGUGAAUUGCUCUUCGUUGAUUCACACAGCAGUACAAAUCUUCUAGCUCCUGCAGAAUGGUGAAUUUCUUCUACCAGCGUUUGGUAUCCUGGAGUAUGACCCUAGUCUAUUAUAAACUGCUUAAGUUUGUACAAUUUUAUUUCUUGUGUUAAUGAUGUGUUCUCCCUCUCCCUCCCUCCCCUCUCACCUUUUUAGUCUUUCACUUCCAAUUUUAUGGAAUGAUAUUUUAAGAAAAACAGAUUUUUUAAAGAAGAGAAAAAGACUGAAUUUCCUUGCUUUACCUUUGCAUAUACAGACUGGAUUUUUUUUAACAGCUGUUUCCCCCAAAGGAAUGUGUCUUACCUUAUUACUGACAUUUGGUAUGUUUCAUUCAUUGGAAUAUUAUUUUCUAUGUGUUUCAAAAGCCUGUGAGAAACACAGGAUUUGAUGAACAUUUUGAAGGCAGGAAAAAUCUAAAUUGUUUCUUCAUUGAGAGUCACGACUACCUUCUGGUGUGUAGAAAUUGCCAAUGGAAAAAUUGACAGUUUUGAUUCUUGCUGGUAUGGUUAAAAACUGAAUAAAAGGUGUUAGUAGAGUUUUUUUUCUUUUGAUAUGUGAUCACAAAACAAUUAUAAACUUACUGUUUUUACCACUUAAAUUGUGAGAUAGCUUCUAAAUGUCUAGGAUGCAACUGAUUAGAUUUCUUUUGAAGUAGGGUUCUUUCAUGUUUAAUUUGUAUUUAAAAAAAAAAAAAAAAGAAAAGCAAAACAAAAAAACCCCAAAAUACAACAAAAAACCCCCCCAAAAUCUGAAGAACACAAAACCCAGAGCAAAACUGUUGUGCCUUCUAUUUAUCUUUGAUUCCAGUCUUGGUGAUUGUUUAAAGAAAAAUUUUUAAAAGUCUAGGUUUGUUUUACCAGGUGUAGAGUAUGUUGGGAAUCAAAGAAUCCCUCUUUCACCUUGUAUGUCUUCUGUUCAUUUGUUUUAUGCCUUAUUCUUAAAUUGAGUCUCAAACUGGAAUGCCUUUGAGGACAGACCUGCUUCUGUAGAGGUCCUUUGACCUACAUAGUCCAGCAUUUGUAUUAAGUUUUAUUUCGGUAUCUAUUCAGAAUCCUAACCACAGCCCAUAAGAAGGAAUAUGACUUUUACAUUGGACUUGUGCUUGAGUGUCUGCCAGUUUUUUUCUUUAAAUCAUAGGCAUAUGGUAAAUUUUCUAUUUUGUUAUGGUUCUUUUUUAUUGAUGGGCAUGCAGUUGGUGUUUCUUGGAAAUGGCCAAUUUUUAUUAAAAUAUUUCUGGAAGAAAAAUUAAUCUGGCAAUAUAGACUAAUAUUCGUUUUACAUACUUUGUUAAUUUCUUGAAUGCGGGUGUGAGGUGGGUGAAGGUUUUGUUUACACAUUUGUGAAGCAAGCCUUUGUGUGAUAACUUGUCCUACUAAUUUGAAAGGCAACGAGGUUGUCCAAUUUAACUUAUUUAUUUUCUUAACAGUGUUCAUCUUUAGGACUGUUUGAGGAGAGUAUAUGAGGAGGAAUAGGAAUGUUUUGCUGUUACUGGGGAACUCUAGGUUUGUUGAAGGGUGUAGUCUUAAACUAAAAUGAAGUUUGAUAUUAUUGGUCCUCAGUACCUCAAAUAUUUGAAAAUUGGGAACAUCUCCACAUAAAGAAAAUUACAUAACUGAGUCACAUGGCUGUUUUUUCAGUCAGUUUAAGUAACUAUUUGGUAACCACUUCAUUUGGGCCAGGCCAGUGAUAAUUGGAAGACAUUCAGCUUGUACUUUGUAGCUUAUAUUAAGCCUGUGGUGGAAAGAAAAAAACUUAGCUGGUGAUAUUUUUGAAAAAAAUUUUUAAGUUGUACUAACUGUAAAGUCAUAAAUUAUGGAUAAUCUAGAAGUCCUUUUUCACAAAUAAAUGCUAAACCGUACAUUUCACAGUAGGUGUUUUUCCUACUCCAUGGUUUCAGGACACUUAACUGGAUGCAGUGAUUCUCAACUGAAGCUGUUAAUACUUCCUAGGGGACGUUUGGAAAUGGUGAGAUUUGGGGAGGAGUGAAGAGGAGACACCACACACAUCUGUCACUUAGUGGGCGGGGCUGACAGUGCAACCAUAGAAAUGAAGCACACCCCAUUGAGAUCAUGGAUAUUUCCGGUUCCCUGUAAUGUGUGGAGGAUGGAGGGGCUGGAUGAGGACAACUUGAAGAUUCCUUCAUUUGAAAAAUAGCUUCAGAUAAAUUAAAUGAGAUAUCAUUAGAAAUCUCUUUCAGGAAUUACAGUAACAUCUGCAGAUAAUAAUCUCACUUUUCCUUUGCUGUACCCAUGUGUGGGUUUAAAUACGCUAGGUGCUUUUUAUAACUUGUUGCAUAAGCUUAGACAAGUAGGGUUGCUUUAGUAAUUUCAAGUCCUCAGAAUUGAGAUCAUUGUGGAGUUUUAAAUAACAUUGGGCUUUAUGUAUCAGAUUUAGCAUCAUGGUUAACACUAUGAAGAAUCCCAAUAUCAUUGUUUACAUUAUUGCUGAUAGAAUAAACAGGAUACCCUAGAUACAUAUAUAUUCCCACAGGUAGAAGGUGAAAAUAGGUUAGGGCAAGAUUUCUCUAGGCAGCACCAACUUACCAUGUUUAAACUUUACAGGUUUUAAAGUACUAUUUUUCAUCUGUAAGAAUGUCUCAAUGUACAGUUCUUUUUUCUAUUGAGGUUUAAACCCUUUACCCAUGAGUAUUUUAGCUAAGUAAGAUUUUGGUUCAGCAGGUCUUAGUCUUAUAAGACCUUUUGAAAUCAAGCAGACCUUAGGCCUUAAAAUAUACAUUGUUUUCUUUUAUGGUGAGAUUGGGCUUUACUCUUGUAUUCCUGUGUUCUCAACUUUGUGAGCUUUUGCUGGGAGCAGUGAAAUGGAUAAUCGGAAAAUCAUGUUUGGCUUUGGAUGGGUAGUUACUUACCACAGUAUUAGUUGAACUGCACUUUCCUUUUAGAUUAGAAAACUAAUUUUCACAACUACCCUGUGGAUUAGGUGCUGUUUUUCCCAAAGUAAUAGAUGAAGAAAAAAUCACAUCAGAGCAGUUAAACGACUAGGCCUCUAAGUCAUCCAUGUAGCAAGGAGCAGAUUGGCCUCCAAAACUGAUGCUUUUUCUCUAGAACCCUAGGGAGCAAUUUGUUAGAACCUGUAUGGUUGCAUUUGUCAAAUCAACUGAUAACUGUAUAUUGAAGUUUUAUUUUUGUGUUACUUAAUCUCUUCAAGAACUGCAUACAGAUAAGACCUUUGGUUCAGCAGUUAUGAGCCUUUUACGAAAAGCAACUUCAAAUUUUAUUUGAAUAUGGGGUUUUAGCUAACUGCCUAAUACACCACAGAUGGGCAGUGGACAGUUACAGUCUUCCACAAAUGUUUUAGAAACCUUGAAGAAUGUGUUAGAAACUUAGCAACAUUUUAUGUGGGAAGUUGCUGAUCACGUAAUGGCCAUGUGGCAGUUGAUAAGUAAGGAUUUCUGGGUUUAAGGUAGUAACACCUUUUGGGAUUUUUGUUUGUUUACUAUGAUAAUGAGGUUGUGAGGACCAUAGGCGGGCUUGUGAACUCAUAUAAAACUAUAUUAAAGGAGAAAUGGUAGCACAUGUGAGCUAAAUAAAACUACUUCUUAGUGGAUGUGUCACUAUUUCAGGAUAAUGCUGAAAUUUGUCUGCUUUGCUCAUGCUUUCAUGAAACAGUCUGAUAAUGGCCUGAAUAAAAAGUAAAAACCUGA